AUGUCUCAAUCAACGUUGAACCCCAGAACCACCAGCUUCGAGUUCAGCGGCGUCAUCGGUGCUCUCAGCAUAUCGAUCGGACUCCCUCUCGUGUGCGUCGUGCUCAACCAAUUGAUCCGCCCAGACUACUACAUCAAGGGAUUCUUCUCCAACUUCGACUUUGCUCAACUAUGGAACAACAUCAAGCCCCUAAACUGGUACCUCACCAAUUGCGAAAUGUGGACCUACUACCUGGCGUGGUUUUUCGGGCUUGCUGUCCUCGACGUGACGCUGCCCGGCCGCAACAUGUUCGGUGUCGAGCUGCGCGACAAAACCAAACUGCCCUACAAGAUCAACGGUAUUGCCAUCUCUGCCACCAUGGCGCUUGUGGUCGCCGCCAGAUGGCAACUGACGGGCGGCCAAAUGCCCGAAUUGCAGUAUUUGUACGACCACACCGUCGACCUGUGCAUCAUCACCAUCAUCUUUUCGUUCCUGCUCAGUGUCGCAUGCUACGCGAGCAGCUUCGUGCCCCUCCUCAAGAAAAACGGCAGCGGCACAAGAGAGCGCAUCCUCGCGCUAGGCGGCAACUCGGGCAACCCCAUCUAUGAUUGGUUCAUCGGCCGCGAGCUCAACCCUCGCCUGGGCCCCCUCGACAUCAAGAUGUUCUGCGAGUUGCGCCCCGGAAUGCUACUGUGGUUGCUCAUCAACCUCUCGUGUCUGCACCACCAGUACCUCAAAACUGGCAAGAUCAAUGACGCAUUGCUGCUUGUGAAUUUGCUGCAAGGGUUCUACAUCUUUGAUGGAGUCUUGAACGAAGAAGGCGUGCUGACCAUGAUGGACAUCACUACCGAUGGGUUCGGGUUCAUGCUCGCGUUCGGCGAUCUCACCCUCGUCCCCUUCACCUACUCUUUGCAAGCGCGCUACCUGAGCGUGUCGCCCAUCGAGCUCGGCCGUGUGUACUUCACCGCCAUUCUCGGCGUGAUGUGUGUGGGCUACUACAUCUUCCACUCCGCCAACAAGCAAAAAUCCGAGUUUCGCCAGGGCAAGCUCCCCAACUUGCGCAGCAUCGACACCGAUCGUGGAACCAAGCUAUUGUGCGACGGGUGGUGGGCUAAAUCCCAGCACAUCAACUAUUUCGGCGACUGGUUGAUCUCCUGGAGUUGGUGUCUCACCACGGGGUUCCAAACUCCACUCACCUACUACUACGUUCUCUACUUCGCCACCUUGCUAAUUCACCGCCAGAUUCGCGAUGAAUUGAAGUGCAAGCACAAAUAUGGCGCCAGUUGGGUCAAGUACGAGACUGCAGUCCCAUACAAGAUCAUCCCUUACGUAUAUUGA